AUGGGCCUCUCAGAUCGGCUUCGAAUGCUCUUUAUGGGAGCAGAUGCACCCCUCCUCAACACUGAUGUUGGCUUAAAUACCGACGAAGAACCCCCUGAACUUGCUUGUGAGGCCGCUUCAAAUAAUACAACACCCGCCCCUGCUCUGCCUAUCAGGUCCGAGCCAGCCAUGCGCGGUGUCACCGAUCAAGAAAGCGACUCAGAUUCAGAGUUCGAAGAUGAAUACCUGGCAGCUUUGGCGGCUUCAGCCAAAGAUAAAAACAAAGGAAAAGAACGUGCUGCAAAGCGUGUCGAGGCGACUUUCGAGAAUGGUCGAACUGAGAACCCAGAGGCAGCGUCGCGGCAAGAUAUCGCAGAACCGCGCUAUUAUUGCCCGGCUGUGGUCAUCAGCCGCUUUCCAUAUAAGUAUCUCAAGGGCGAUAUCGCAGACAAGGUCGCUAAGGCCGUUUUCGAUGACGGCAAGUUCUGGGACCGGGAAUGGGAUUUGUUUUAUGUUUUUCCUCCACGCUCGAUCUCUCCAAAUCCCCUUCUCCUUAUUCCUCAGAUCCAGGCUCAGCAGCUCAUCGACGAGAUCAACAAGAAGUUCCAUUGUGGAGCAUCUAUUCCUGCACAGGUCGACAUGGGUGUCUCGCUUCCCUUUGAGAAUGACGGCACUCCGCUUCCGCAAUUUCUUGGAAGAUCUACCAGCCUGGAGCUCAAGGAGAAAUUGGAAAGAGAUAUCCCUCCUCGACGCAGCCGUCGUGAGGACCCAAAGGCGUCGCUAGACGCAGGCGAUCGUUCUUCUGCUGCUUUCCAAAUUAAAAUGGAAGCUGCCUUUAGAGCUCUGCGCCGCAAGCCCAAGGCGAGUAAACUCAAGAAACAGCGUGACCAGGCUCUCAAGCUCCAGAUUGGGUACCGUGCACUCAAACGUUUGCAGUGCUACCUGGGCUUGCGGGGGCGUAUUCCUCGUUUGAGCGAACAGGAUAGCAACGAUCCGGUAUCUUUGGAAGAAGAGGGCAGGGCCAUCAAUGCCGCCACCUUCGCAGCCAUGAAAAUGAUGGCACUGUUGAACGUCAACGAAGAAGCGCCCUUCCCAUUUGCGGACGAACCGAUCUUCAUAAGCGUUGACAUCGAGUCGAAUGAAGUCGCACACAGUCAGAUCAUUGAAAUCGGCGUCUCAAGUUUGGAUACUUUGGAUCUGAUCAGGCUUCCACCCGGCAAGGGAGGCUGCAAUUGGAUGAAGAAGAUCAAAACUCGUCAUUUCCGCAUAUCCGAAUACCGCCAUGUUAGGAACCAAAACUUCGUCAUUGGGUGUCCUGAUCAAUUCGAGUUUGGAGACAGUGAAUGGAUCUCGAUCAAGAACGCAGCCGCAGUUCUGGAAUCGUGCUUCCGGCCUCCAUACCUCAAGAAUGUCCCCUUUCAUGGAGCACAAGCUGGAGGUUUUGAUCCUCAAAAAUUUAUCACGAGCGUCGAAAUGAGUGACGACGACGAAGACGGCGGAGUGCCACUGCCUACCAAUUACGCAGAUACACCUGCUGGCCCCUCCGAUAGUCGUUUCACUUUAGUCUCCGCCGCAGUCCGGCGCAACGUCAUUUUCGUCGGGCACGACGUUGCCUCCGACAUAGGCUACAUGCGCAAGCUCGGAUGCACCAUCUUCAAGCCAGGCAGCAGCGCCAACGCCGAAGGAUCGACCCCUGUCGACCGGUCUCCCGCCAACGACAAGCCACUCUUCCUCGACAGCCUCGACACGGGCCUCCUCUUCCGCAUUCUCAAGCGCGACAUGCAGCCAAGGGCCCUGGGCAAAGUCCUCCAGGACCUCGACAUCAUGGCCUGGAACCUGCACAACGCGGGCAACGAUGCGCAUUAUACCAUGCAGGCGCUGAUCGGCAUCGCGGUCAAGUCUCGCCUCGAGCAGGAUGAAUUUUACUCCGAGGACGAGGAGGAUUCAGGCGAGUGGGAUUCAGAUGCUGCCGCCGCCGCCAUCGCUGCUGGAGGUCAGGCGGUGCGCGAGUGCGAUAAGCGGGGCUCGUGUGAACAUGGAGGUACCUGGAGAGCGGUGUUCGAGGGGCGCGUCGAGGCCGGUAUGGAGAAGGCUCGAGAUAGGGUCCGUGAGGAGUUUGAGGGUUGGAAUGAGAAGCUGGGGUUUAAGGGCGGGUGGGUCUUUGGCGAAGAGGAUAUCGAUGGCGGCCUUCCUAAGGGGCUAUGUGUGUGAGAAAUGGAAACUGACUUCAAGUGUGGGUUUGUUUGCUGGAGUGUUUUGGUGAGAUUGAGAGCAUGAAAUCCUACACAUUGGUUAAUACUUGGGGUGGUGGGGGCGGAAGUUAGCCAUAAAACAGAUUCCCCUUUGAUAGACACUUGAUAGGUAGAUUGCGC